AUGAAUUUCCUAUUUGGGAAUCGGUUAUGCAGUAAAACAUUCAAGCCGAGGAAAAACGCCUCUGAGCACAAUAGUAGUAGUAAUAAUAAUAACAACAGCAGCAACAACAACAAUCACAGCAAUAAUAAUAAUCAUGAUAACAAUAAUAAACAGCAUGAUAUAUUACCAGAGACAGCUGCUACCCUUGGAAGUGGAGAUUUAAGGCUAGCUGUUCGCCUACCAGAAGGGGAAGAUCUACACGAAUGGAUUGCUAUAAAUACUGUAGACUUUUUCAAUCAAAUCAAUAUGUUAUAUGGAACAUUGAUAGAAUUUUGUACAGAUGACACCUGUCCAAUUAUGUCAGCUGGUCCAAAAUAUGAAUAUCAUUGGGCAGAUGGACAAACAGUUAAGAAGCCUUUAAAAUGUUCUGCUCCUCAUUAUAUUGAUUGUUUAAUGAUAUGGAUACAAAAACAGUUGGAGAAUGAAGCGAUAUUCCCUUCAAAAAUUGGUGCACCAUUUCCUCGUGAUUUUUUAAAUGUUGUCAAGGUUAUUCUGAAGCGGUUAUUUCGUGUUUAUGCACAUAUUUAUUAUCAGCAUUUCUCUGAAGUUCGUGAUCUACAAGAAGAAGCUCAUUUAAAUACAAGUUUUAAACAUUUUAUAUUUUUUGUAUUGGAAUUUAAUUUGGUUCAAAAGCGUGAAUUGGUUCCUCUUCAACACUUGAUCGAUUUACUCACUGGAGAUAAUACAUCUUCAAAUGAUAAAAAAAUGAUGAGUGAAUCUGCCUCAACAGAUAAUAACUAUUAUUGUGAUAAUAAUAAUAAUAAUAAUAACAGCGCGACUACAGGUCCGUCGAAUAGCAGUUCCACAACGAAUCAUCGAUCUUCUCAAAAUGGUAAUAGUAAUGCUAACACAACUAAGGAUAACUGAAGUUAUCUUAUAAAUUAUCAGUGCACAUACACCCCCCCACACACACACACACACAGAAAGAGACAUAUGAUCACUCACAUGUUGCCUUUCAGCACUACUACUGUCGUACAGCUUGUACAACAUCAUCGUCGGGAUAAGGUUGUUCACUGGGUGACUGACUGUCAUCAAUGUGUAUUUGUUGUUUAAUUAUUUACUGCUCUGCUUGCUUCCUGCUCCGACUACUAGGUUACUCUACACACAAUUCGCCUUUCUAAUUUACAAAAGAAAUCUUUCAUUAUUACACUUUAAUCCAUUAUAUAUUUCAUAGUGUGAGAAUGAUUAGGUGUGUGUGCGUGUGUGUGUCUGUUUGUGUAGGUGUAUUUGCUUGGUGUGCCUUCGUGUGGGAGUGUUUAUUAUCGGGGGGGGGAGGGGGCUUUAUUAUUAUACUCUUCCCCUUUAUCUCUAUGACUCAACAGACCUACUACUCACUCAUAUAUUACUCUACAUCCAUCCAAGUGUGUGUGUGCUUCUUUUUGCAUGAAUGCGUGUGUGUAUGUAUGUAUAUAUAGAUAAAUAUCUAAAUAUAUUAUUACAUAUAUAUGUUGUACAAUCAGGUGGUACACACCCACCCACGCACACACACACACACUUUGUUAUUUAUGUACAAGUUUUUGAGUAUGUUGAGAGGUGGUGAAUAUAGGGGUCAACCAAAAUCUCAAAGAUUUUUUUUAAUAUGAUCAAGAAGAAACUAUGGACAAUCUCUGUUGUUGAGUGAACACACAAUUCAUUAUUUUAAAAAAUGAAGUAAUAAUAAUGAUAGUACAAUUUGUAUUGAUGCAUUUCUGUUGUUGUUUUUUUCAACUCACUGUGUUCCCAGUGGAAUCUAGG